AUGUAUAGAUACAUAUAUACAUAUAUACUGAUAUGUAUGCAUAAUAUAACAUGCUGCAAAAUUCUCCCACUCAUAUCUACAUAUAUAUAUUGUAUAUUUAAAAGUUGUUUCUUAUUCUCGGCAAUUCUCUGUCUCAGUGUAUCCUUACCUUAUUACAAACGUGAAUAUAAAAUGAGUCACACGGGCGUUAUGUCGAAUCCAAACAAAAACAACAUACGUACAAGUACAUAUAUUACAAUGUGUCAAUCAUUGAGUACAUAAGUUUUCAAAUUCAAAAAUUUAAAAUGGCUCGAAAAAAAUUAUAAAAGUUAAACAAUACUCUGUAUAUUUAAAAACUAAAUAAUCAAAUCUACUAUAUAGAUUUAUUUAAAAACAUUAGUGUGUUAUUGUCACAAGUGUUUUAAAUAUUUAUUUACAUAUUAAUAUAUGUAUAUAUAUAUUAUAUACAUAUAUUAAAUAUUAACAAUUGUGAUGUUGUCAAGUACAACUUAAUAUUUAACGCGUAAAUAACCGGAGAUUAAUUAUAAUUUUAAAUAUCGUAAUUUAUGUAUGUAUAUGUAAUGUAUAUAUAUAUAUAUAUAUAUGAAGCAUAAAGUAACAAAAUAUCCGUAAUCCUUAAAGAAAAACCGUGACGACAGUAUACUUUAGUGCCUCUCUAGCUUGACAGUGAAAGUAGUAGUGAUUUUACCACAAUAUCAACAUUUAUAUACAUAUAUAUGUAUAUAUAUAUGCAGAUAUAUACAUAUGUAUAAGAUAUAACAGCACCGCUGCAGUUAUGAGUGCGCGGAGUCAACUAUGUCAAGCACUUGGUGUAAUGGAGAAAAAUAAAUUAACGUGUGUGUUAACAGUGCUACCAAAAUUAUUAAUAUUAAUAAUUAAAAUAAUUAAUUGUCAUUUAGUAACAAUAAUAACAGUAGUAACAUUUGUAAAAUGUAUUGUUACUAUCAAGAAUCAUCAGUUAGUUGUUUUAUCAACAACAAAUUUGACGUAAUUUUUUUAUAUAGUUUUUUUUUAUCCUCUGCUAUUUAUAUUUUGUAUACUAAAAAAAUUAAAAAACAAUUUUUAUCACAUUUACAACGAAUUUUGAAGUAAUAACAAUAAUAAUAAUAAUAAUAGACUAAGUAUAAGUGAUAGUGGAUUUUACAACUUUAUUAUUUAUUUAAAACAAUAGUGAUGGUGAUAGUGAUGAUGAUGAUGAUGAUGAUGAUUAUUAUUAUUGACAAAUGUUGAUCCAUCACGAGUGGAUGGAAAGAUCUGGGUGUUUUAAUCUCAACUUACAGCACCAGUAAUACUGUUAUCUCCAUAACGUGAAAUCGUGAGUGUAUUUUACUUGAAACAGUUGCAUAUAUACAUAUAUAUAUGUAUAUGUAUGUAUAUACAUAAAAAAUUUUUUUCUUUAUUUUAUCACUAAUACAUUUACUUGCUGGUAGUAUCGUUGAUGCAUCGAAUUUUAUUUUUGCAGUAGGAUCAGUGUCAUUGAAGAUUGUGAUAAUAAGUCCAGUAUGUUUAUCUUGUGGUUUUAGUACACAAAGAAGUGCAUAAUGACUGGUAAAUAAAGUCAGUGAUUUAAGUACAUAAUAAUAUGGAUAAAUAUUUAUUAUUAUUAUUAUUAAUAUUAUAGUAGUGAUAAUAAUGUAAAUAAUAGAGUGUAAGUUGUAAAGUUUCGAAACACAAAACUCUAAUCAGGGGAUGCCUAGCCUACAAUCGCUCGUCGUACGACGAGCUCCUCUCAUGGAUAUGGGUACUGCUACCAGUUCAGUAACUUCUGUUAACCCGCCGUCAUCAAAAAAUGGAACAAUACAUAAAAAAAUAGACAGUAGUAAUAAAGCGACAAAUAAACUGAGUAAUGUCGGACUUAAAUUACCGUUGGUUAAACAAGAGCACACCAGUGGUGGUAAUAAUUUUUUGUUAACUGAAAGAACAAUUGCAAAAGGUGGUCUGAGUGCUAUAGGUUUGAGUAACUCUGUAAUGGGAACUGGUACUGGUACUGGUACUGGUACUGGUGGUUGUGAUAAUGGCAAUGCUGUAAACAGCUCCAAUGGGGUUGAUGUACCACUUCUUGGCCGACAGGAGAGCAGUACCAGUCUUGAAACACGUGUGUCAAUAGGAACCGCUGAUGUUCCUGGAGCACGGGGUGGCAGCUGGGCGAACUUGUCACCAGGGAGUAAUUUACGUAAGUGCGAAACUGCUGUUGGUCUGAGCACACUGCAUCUGGAGAACAGACCCAUCAAUAAGAGCCGAGUAUGCUCCAGAUGCUCUAGUUUACUUUCCCUAGCGUCCAGUUCGAGAUACAGUUUGGCUGCUGGUAAUUUCGUACCGGCUACGACUAAUCAAAUAAAUUUACAACAACAACAGCAGCAAACAUCAAGUCAAUUUCUCUGCAAGCUUUGUCUUGUUGAUGUUACUGUGUCUAAAAUAUUCAGGAUUGAAGGCUGCGGAUGUUUUUAUUGUAGAGAUUGUAUGAAGGCCUAUGUUGAAUUUGAAAUAGAAGAAGGUGCAUAUGAAAUUAGCUGUCCGGAUUCGCAGUGCGAUUGGGCUUCGAUUCUUUCGUUAAAAGAAAUAUCGACGCUCGUUAGUCCAGAGUUAAUGGAAAAACAUAAUAAAUUUCGACUUAAUAGAGAUGUGUCGAUGGACAAAGACCGCGCGUGGUGUCCACGUGCUGGCUGUGAGACGAUUUGUUCCAUAAAUAGUCCAGGUAGUAAUGGUAUGUCUCCGGGACCUGUGCACUGUCCGAAUUGUUCUACGGACUUUUGUUCAGUAUGCCGUGAAUCCUGGCACAAUGGUCCGUGUCCAAAUCUUCCUCUGGGUAUACCAUUUGACAAUGAUCAUAUUAAAUGUUGUCCGAUGUGCUCAGUGCCUAUUGAAAAGGACGAAGGCUGUGCACAGAUGAUGUGCAAAAGAUGUAAACAUGUGUUCUGUUGGUAUUGCUUAGCAUCGCUAGACGAUGACUUUUUAUUGCGGCAUUACGACAAAGGACCAUGUAAAAAUAAAUUAGGACAUUCUCGAGCUUCUGUUAUUUGGCAUCGAACUCAAGUAAUCGGUAUAUUCGCGGGUUUUGGCCUUUUACUUCUCGUAGCCUCUCCACUAUUGUUAUUAGCGGCGCCGUGUAUUGUUUGUUGUAAAUGUCGUGUAUGCGGAUCAUCACGACUCGAUCAUGAUAAUAACAAUGGAAAUGGUAGUAGUAAUGGUGGUGGUACUAACGCUGGUAGUAAUGACGAUGCCUCGACGUAAGUUUUACGAUUUAUUAUUUUUAAAAAAUAAAUAUAUAAACUAUAAUAAUAAAAUCCAACGGUAAUAAAAUAUACAUUAAUUAGAUAUUUAAAUUAAUAAUAUAUACUAAGUCGCGAUGUGUCGUUGUAUUUGAUACAUGGCUUUAUAUCAAUGCAGUCAAAAAAAAAAAAUUAAAUAUCUUUGUUGAUUUGAAAAUAUUAUUAACAUUACGAUUAUAAAUAUCAAUUAUUAAAAAAUUAAAGCAUAAGUGUAUAUAUAUAUUUAUGACUAUAUACAUAUACGUAUUAAAUAUGUGUAUAUAUAUGAAUAGAUUUUUGUUUUUUCAUAUUUAUCGAGGUGAAGUACAACUUGCCAUAUGUUUAUAUUUUAUUUAAUGUUUCGAGUGUAAUUAUUUCCAAUGAUCAAUUUUUUUUUUUU